UGGCAAUGUUUUAAAAAAAUUAUUACGAAAAAAAAGUUAAAAGGAAAUUUCUUAAAAAAGUUGGGUUGCUUCAAUCGCAGUGCUACAAUUGAAAACAUAAAUUCAUACUUAUUUAAAUCAAUAAGGAACAGAUCGUGUGUGAUUGUGAGACAUCAUCAUUGCACUUUUGUGAAACCAAUUUUGCCAAGAUCUAGCUAUCUAUUUCUCAUCACCGUUCGUUCGUUCGUCAGUGUAAGUGUGUACUUUUGUGCAGUCUUAAUAUUCUCACAAAUUUGCACGGAGGCAAACGGAAAGUAGUUGAAGAAACAACGGUUUGAGUGUCGAUCGACAACAAACAGAUACAAAUAUCAGCCAAAACAAAAACUCGACUGAGUUACGGAAAAUAAAGUAUAACAGCGAAAGCAUCAUCAGCAUCAGAACUAGCUGAAGUGAAAUUGUGUUUUUAAUUGGAAUACCGUCAAGCUUUUGUUAUCUGCUAAAAAUUUAUUGAGAAGCACCGAUUGUCAUAUCUAAUAUGAACGUUAUGAAUACUAGCGGGGAUGAAUUACCUGAAUGUCCAUUAUGUAUGGAACCAUUAGAAGUUGACGACUUAAGUUUUUACCCAUGUACUUGUGGAUAUCAAAUCUGUCGAUUCUGUUGGCAUAGAAUUCGAACUGAUGAGAAUGAACUGUGUCCAGCAUGCAGGAAAGCUUAUCCGGAGAAUCCAGCCGAUUUUAAGCCUUUAACCCAGGAGCAGAUCUCUGCUCUGAAGGCUGAGAAACGUCAGCGUGAUCAGCAACGAAAACAAAAGAUCACGGAGAACCGAAAGCAUUUAGCGAAUGUUCGUGUUGUCCAGAAGAAUCUUGUAUUUGUUGUUGGACUUCCACCAAGACUAGCAGAUGCUGAGAUUCUUAAGAAACACGAGUAUUUCGGGAAGUAUGGGAAAAUUCAUAAGGUCGUGAUUAAUCCAAGUACAACUUAUGCGGGUGUUCAGGGUCCUUCAGCGUCGGCUUAUGUCACGUAUGUACAUAAUAAUGAUGCGCUUCGGGCGAUUCAGAGUGUGAAUAACAUUACAAUAGAUGGCCGAUCGAUAAAGACGAGUUUAGGAACCACAAAGUAUUGCUCUCAUUUUAUGAAGAAUCAAGUAUGUCCGAAGCCGGAUUGCAUGUAUCUUCAUGAGCUGGGCGAUUCCGAGGCGAGCUUUACAAAAGAGGAAAUGCACCAAGGUAAACAUCAAGAGUAUGAGAAGAGACUGCAUGAUGCACUCAUAGCUCAAAUGCAGCAACAAUCUCAACAAGGUGGUGUAGCUGGAUCGAAUCCGGCGUCGACAAGUCCCAUAGCAGUGCCGUCAUUGAAUUCAGUGAAUGGUAAUUCCGGUAAUGGUUUAAUGAAAUCAGGUAGUGCAGAAACAAAGGAACUAACGAGCAAUGGAGGCAAUAAUGGAACGGUAAAUGGACAAAUACAAAAGGAGGCAUGGCCAAGUCUUUCUACGUCACCCGUAACUAUAAAGGAGAAUAAAACGAGUGUGAAAGGAAAUGGAAACCAUAAAGAGAACUUGAAGAAUGAAGCCAACAGAAAGCACGAAAAGGUGAAAGAAAAAUCAAAAUCAACAUCCACAAAGAGUCAGAAGACGACAAAUAGUAGUAAUAGCCACUCGUCGCUUCGUGAUAAAAACAAAAUUAAUCAUACACAGUCAAAUAGUAAUAACAACCUAGAUGAUGAUUUGGUUGAGACAGAUAGUGACGACACACCGUCUAUUAGCAGCACAACAGAUAGUGGAACAGUAAGCGAAAGUGAUAGUGGAAAAAGUUCGCCACCAAGCUCAUUCCCAGAUCCUCCAAUUCAUCACUCAAUUCAGACUAAUAAUAAUAAUAAUAAUAGUAGCAUUACGACAACUUCAACAUCAGCGGAACAACAGCAGUUGUCUAAUAAAAAUCUACAAAAUGAACAGCAAACAAAAUCGAUUAUAUCAUCAUCAAAUAGUAUUAUCGAUACAAACGAUAUAACUUCUCUAUACACUAAUUCUAGUACUAAUGAUAAAGUGAACAAUAGCAUUCUCAAAGACAGCGGAAAUUUGGCUGAUACGUCAACACGCCUAUCAAAACUUACAUUAUUCGAUGAUAAUUCAAGUUUCUUCUCAAGGAGCUCAUUCUUAAAGCACGACAGCACAGAUCAUAGCCAUGCUAUGACAAAUGCACAACUUCCUGAUCUAUUAAAUGGCACCCUAAACAACAGUAAUAGUAUGGGACUAGACUCUAAACAAAUACUCAAAAAUUUGGGUACUUUUGGAUCGAGUGAGCCACAUGACGAUUGGGAAAGUGCUUUUAAAUACAUAAUGAGUAAGAAUAGCUUCAAUAAACACUAUGAUGAACAGCAACAGGAAGACUGGUUGCGCUUCCAAGAAUUAAGAAAGCAUCCAAUGUCAUCAACCAAUAGUGGAGUAGGAUUAAAUCAAUUCAACAAUAUGUUUAAUAAUGAUAACAAUAUUGAUAACAUGUUUACGCAAAAUGAAAUUAAUCGAGCGAUGUUCAAUAAUCAAUAUUCGCAACAACAGCAGCAGCAACAAAGAAUGAAUCACAAUACAGACCUAAAUCAUGUGCAUCCAAAUAUGUCUAAAUUCUUUGAUUUUCAUAAGCAGCAGCAACAGAAUCAAUUCAUGAUGAACUCAAAUCCGUUGACUGAUCAACUAAAUAUGGCAAAUCUAUUAGAUAAUCAUCAUCGUAUGAAUCCGAAUAGUUUUAUGGAUCAAAAUGGAUUAUCUCACUUACAAAAGCAGAGAUUAAUGAAUAAUAAAUAUGAAGGCAGCAAUAUGCCCUAUUCAAAUACCCAGUCACAGAAUCGAAUGCAUAAUAAUCCAUCACAGUUUUCAGUUGAAGACGAUUUAGGUUUUGAUCCAAUUAAAGAAAGUCAUAAAGGAUUAUCGGAAUUGAUAAAUGAUGAAGUCUUGCAGCAACAACAAAUGAAUAGCAACAAUUCACAACAAAGAUCAAGAAUGCCUCCACCCCCACCACCACCUGGUUUUAAUCAUUUACAAUCUAGCGGAUUUAAUUUUGCUUCUGCUGCUACGCCAAGAACACAAACUGGAAGCAAAUUCCCAUUUGUUAAUAUGCAAGGCAGCACAACACAACAACAACAACAGCAAAAUAACUGGCCGAUGCACAUGGGCUUUCAAAAUCAAAAUAAUUCAGAUGCUUUUUCGCAUCAAACAAAUAAUCAACACAAAUCAGCAGGAUUCGGCAAUAACUUUUCAGAUUGGACAUCAAUGGACCCAGCAAUAGUUUCAUUCAGACAAUUCUCCCAGUUUAAUCCACAACAACAACAACAGCAGCAGCAGCAACAACAGCAACAAGCUCAAAAUCCACCAAACAACGAUAUGUUCAUGUCACAAAUGAAUCAGCAAGGUUUCGGUCAUCAUGGAAUGAAUAUGCAAAACAACUUGCAGUCACAAACAUCGCCAGCACAGGUCUUUUCUCAUUCAAAUUUAUUGAAUAAUUAUCACAUGAAUAAUUUGGCAAAUGGCUUUCCAAACAAUAGCUUUGAUAAAUUCUCAAUGCCAUCAAUUCCACCAGGUUUCCAGCAAGGCAACGGCAAUAACAAAAAGGCAGAAUGCAUUAAUUAAACAGCAUAAUAAAAAUAAUAAUAUACACAAUAAUUGUGAACUGAUUUGAUUCUAAAAAAUAUAUGUUACAAUUACUCUUUAUAUUCGUCUACCUUAUAUCAUUUAUACACAAAACAACAACAACUAUUUCGCUAAUUUUUGCAUUAUUAUAAUUGAGAGAGUAAAAAAUUAUAUGAAAAAUUUAAAAAAUAUAUUUCUUCUUAUAUAUUGCUUAUAUGUUUCACAGAAACAGAUUAUAUUCGUGUUAUGAAGAGAAUGAAAGCAUCUGACAGUUAUUUGAUUCAUAAUUUUUCUUCUUUCUUUAUUCAAAUGAUAUAUUUAAAGAAUGAAAAAAAAAAUAAACACAGUAAUAAAGGGAAAAAUUAAUUCACAGAUCAGAAAGUAAUAAGCUAUUGUUGGAAAUGGAUAAUUAUAAUCAAUUAUUUUAAACGAAAAAAAAAUAUAUUAAAAAAAACUAUUAAAUUGGGGAGAAAUCCAAUAUGAAUAUAUUCACACCGUUUCAUAGAAUAUCUCACUGGAUAAGAUGAGCUUUGCUCAGCAUACGUUUGAAAAUUUAAAGUCUCGUAUAUCAUUUAUUUGAUUAAAGCUCAAUUGAUUUUAAAGAUUUGAAAAGAUUUUACGAGUUCCUUAAGUUCCUUACUAGAUUCUUUUUUUUUAAAGCAAUGGUUAUUCAUCCCAUGUCCAAAAUCUAAUCAGUUGUACUUUGAAGCAUCGCGGAUCGAGUCUCUUCGAUGUCUUGUUAUUGAGAUAACUUGCUGAGCAUCUUCCUUGAUUUAAAAAGAAUUUCGUUAUUUUCCAAGUAAUGUCACAAACAAUCUCAUUUGUGACUAUUGUAAAGCAUAUAGAAUUUCAGGAUACAAACUUCCUGCUUUGAAAAGUUUGUUAUUCAUUGAGGCUUUUCAAAAAUGACGUCCAUCAAAAUGCAGGAUUUUUAAAAACCCCUCAAAACAUUGUCAAAAAAAUUAUGAAAGAGAAAAUAAUGAUUUUGUUCGAACCGUCAUCAAAUUCUAGACCCCCACCUAAAUGUUGGGUCGUUUAGGGGUUGUUUGCUAAUUAAAUGCUUUAUGGGGAGGAGAGUGAAUUUGUUAAGAUUUUCCCAGAAUUCUAUUCUUCUGUUCUCAAAUAAAUGAUCAAUUUCUUACCCAAUCUGAGCAAAAGUUGAACAUUCAAACUGCAGUGAAUACGGUGUGGAUAUAAAAAAUAAAAAAAUAUAUUAUCAUAAAAUGAUAUAAAAUUUGUGCAAAUUUGAAAAAAAAAUUUUUUUUUGGCUUUAUUGAAAUGAAACCUAUUGAGAGAAAUGCUAAUGUUGAAAAAAGACACACAAAACACAAACACACAUAUUUAAACAGACAUGCAAAAAACCUACCUACUUAAAGAAAAAUAUGAGAAGACACUCAAAAACAUUUAUGAUAAAUUAAAAUACAAUGCUAAUCACAUAAGAGGUUCACGAGGAGAUUGAUUUUUGAUGAUGAAAAUUAAUAAUGCUAUAUCACUUUAUCGAGAAUAAUAAAAACGAUCAUUAGAAGAUUUUGAGAGAAAAUCUUUUAAAAAAAUAAAUGAGAAAAAAUAAAAACUAUCUGAUGAUAUGUAAUCGAUGAUAUAUGAUUAAUAAAAUUAUAUGAAAAAAUUUAA